AUGAUAUCAACAUUAGCUACCUUUCCUCCAUUUCUGCACAAGGAUAUUAUUGAAUAUCUUAGCACAUCUUUUCUACCAAUGGCUAUAUUGGGUUCCUCAAGGAGAGAAGGCGUUCCUGCCCAUGUUAAUCUCUCUGCAUCAUCCAUGCUAAUGAUUGCAAUGCAGUACACGUCCAAUCCAGUGUAUCAUUGUCAGUUAUUGGAAUGCCUCAUGAAAUAUAAACAAGAAGUCUGGAAAGAUCUUCUGUAUGUGAUAGCGUAUGGGCCUUCCCAAGUGAAACCUCCAGCUGUGCAAAUGCUUUUCCACUACUGGCCCAAUUUAAAACCUCCCGGGGCAAUAAGCGAGUACAGGGGCUUGCAGUACACAGCUUGGAAUCCCAUCCACUGCCAGCACAUUGAAUGCCACAACGCAAUUAACAAACCAGCUGUGAAGAUGUGCAUAGACCCUUCCCUGUCAGUCGCUUUGGGUGAUAAGCCACCUCCAUUAUACCUCUGUGAAGAAUGCAGUCAGAGGAUCGCAGGAGACCACAGUGAAUGGUUGAUUGAUGUUCUGCUGCCACAAGCUGAAAUAUCUGCUAUAUGUCAGAAGAAGAACUGCAGCUCCCAUGUUAGAAGAGCAGUUGUCACCUGCUUUUCAGCAGGGUGCUGUGGUCGCCACGGAAACAGGCCUGUUCGGUACUGCAAGAGAUGCCACUCGAACCAUCAUAGUAACGAAGUGGGGGCCGCAGCGGAGACGCACCUCUAUCAGACCUCCCCCCCACCCAUCAACACCCGAGAGUGUGGCGCGGAGGAGCUCGUCUGCACGGUGGAGGCAGUGAUUAGCUUGUUAAAAGAAGCCGAGUACCACGCGGAGCAGCGGGAACACGAACUGAAUCGCCGGAGGCAGCUGGGCCUUUCCUCUUCCCACCACUCCUUGGAUAAUGCUGACUUUGAUAACAAGGACGAUGAUAAGCAUGACCAGCGGCUGCUCAGUCAGUUUGGAAUAUGGUUCUUAGUGAGCCUCUGCACACCCAGUGAGAACACGCCUACAGAAAGCUUGGCCAGGCUGGUGGCCAUGGUGUUCCAGUGGUUUCACUCCACGGCGUAUAUGAUGGAUGAUGAAGUUGGCAGUUUGGUGGAAAAGCUGAAGCCUCAGUUUGUCACCAAGUGGCUGAAGACAGUAUGUGAUGUUCGCUUUGAUGUCAUGGUCAUGUGCCUUCUUCCCAAACCCAUGGAGUUUGCCAGGGUUGGCGGGUACUGGGAUAAGUCCUGUGGCACGGUGACGCAGCUGAAGGAAGGGCUCAACAGGAUCCUCUGCCUGAUCCCCUACAAUGUGAUCAGUCAGUCUGUGUGGGAGUGUAUCAUGCCGGAGUGGCUGGAAGCCAUCAGAACAGAAGUCCCAGAUAGCCAGCUGAAGGAAUUCAGGGAAGUAUUAAGCAAAAUGUUUGACAUUGAGCUCUGUCCUCUACCUUUUUCAAUGGAAGAGAUGUUUGGCUUUAUUAGUUGUCGAUUCACAGGAUACCCCUCCUCUGUGCAGGAGCAAGCUUUACUGUGGCUUCAUGUGUUGUCGGAGUUAGACAUCAUGGUUCCACUUCAACUAUUAAUAAGUAUGUUUUCUGAUGGAGUUAAUUCUGUCAAAGAGCUGGCAAAUCAAAGAAAAUCAAGAGUCAAUGAGUUGGCAGGGAACCUUGCAGCUCGGAGGGUGAGUGUUGCCUCUGAUCCUGGCCGACAAGUUCAGCAUAAUAUGCUGAGUCCGUUUCAUAGUCCUUUCCAGAGUCCAUUUCGGAGUCCUAUGCGCAGUCCAUUUCGUAGCCCUUUCAAGAGUUUUGGACACCCGGGAGGAAGGACUAUUGACUUUGAUUGUGAAGAUGAUGAAAUGAAUCUGAAUUGUUUCAUCCUCAUGUUUGACCUUCUCUUGAAGCAGAUGGAGUUGCAAGAUGAUGGGAUCACGAUGGGUUUAGAGCACAGUUUGUCGAAGGACAUUAUUUCCAUUAUAAACAAUGUCUUCCAAGCCCCCUGGGGGGGCUCCCACACCUGCCAGAAGGAUGAAAAAGCAAUCGAGUGUAACUUAUGUCAGUCUAGUAUUCUCUGCUAUCAGCUUGCUUGUGAACUCCUGGAGAGACUAGCUCCCAAAGAAGAAAGCCGGCUGGUGGAGCCCACAGACAGCCUCGAGGAUAGCCUUCUUUCUUCUAGACCAGAGUUUAUCGUAGGCCCCGAAGGUGAGGAGGAGGACAGCCCUGCGGCCAAGCAUGGAGAGAACCCAGGCCGUCACACUGAGCCCACUGAGCAUGCUGCAAUAAAGAAUGAUACUGAAAGAAAAUUUUGCUACCAACAACUUCCAGUAACUUUGAGAUUAAUCUAUACCAUUUUCCAGGAAAUGGCUAAGUUUGAAGAGCCAGACAUUCUUUUUAAUAUGCUUAACUGUCUGAAGAUUCUCUGUCUACAUGGAGAGUGUUUAUAUAUUGCUAGAAAAGAUCAUCCUCAAUUUUUAGCUUACAUUCAGGAUCAUAUGUUGAUUGCAAGCCUGUGGAGGGUCGUCAAAUCCGAGUUCUCCCAGCUGUCUUCCCUGGCAGUCCCUCUUCUUCUCCACGCUUUGUCACUUCCUCACGGUGCUGACAUCUUCUGGACAAUCAUAAAUGGCAACUUCAACAGCAAAGACUGGAAGAUGAGGUUUGAAGCAGUGGAAAAAGUGGCUGUAAUUUGUAGAUUUCUGGACAUUCACUCAGUGACCAAAAACCACCUGCUGAAGUACUCGCUGGCACAUGCCUUCUGCUGCUUCUUGACAGCUGUGGAAGACGUCAACCCAGCAGUGGCCACCAGAGCCGGUCUCUUGCUGGACACCAUAAAGAGGCCGGCAUUGCAGGGUCUGUGUCUUUGUCUCGACUUCCAGUUUGAUACUGUGGUUAAAGACCGACCCACAAUAUUGAGUAAGCUUUUACUCUUGCAUUUUCUUAAACAAGAUAUUCCUGCUUUGAGCUGGGAGUUUUUUGUCAAUAGAUUUGAGACACUUUCUUUGGAAGCUCAGCUCCAUUUGGAUUGUAACAAAGAAUUUCCUUUUCCCACAACUAUCACUGCUGUAAGGACCAACGUUGCUAAUCUCAGUGAUGCAGCACUGUGGAAGAUCAAGAGAGCCCGCUUUGCAAGGAACCGCCAGAAGAGUGUGCGUUCCCUGAGGGACAGCGUGAAAGGGCCCGCGGAAUCCAAGAGAGCGCUCUCCCUUCCUGAAACCCUAACCUCCAAAAUCCGACAACAGUCUCCUGAGAAUGACAAUACCAUCAAGGACCUGCUCCCAGAGAAUGCUGGGAUCGACCACCAGACAGUUCACCAGCUGAUUACAGUUCUCAUGAAGUUCAUGGCCAAGGAUGAGAGUAGCGCUGAGUCAGACAUCAGUAGUGCAAAGGCCUUCAACACGGUCAAGCGGCAUCUGUAUGUCUUGCUCGGCUAUGACCAACAGGAAGGUUGCUUCAUGAUUGCUCCUCAAAAAAUGCGCCUGUCAACUUGCUUUAAUGCAUUCAUUGCAGGAAUUGCCCAAGUUAUGGACUAUAACAUUAACUUGGGAAAACAUCUCCUCCCCUUGGUGGUUCAGGUGCUCAAAUAUUGCUCUUGUCCUCAACUGCGGCAUUAUUUCCAACAGCCACCUCGUUGUUCCCUCUGGUCCCUAAAGCCUCACAUUCGGCAGAUGUGGUUGAAGGCCUUGCUGGUCAUUCUUUACAAGUAUCCAUACCGAGACUGUGAAAUCAGCAAAGUCCUGCUGCAUCUGAUUCACAUAACAGUCAAUACACUCAAUGCUCAGUAUCAUAGCUGCAAGCCCCAUGCCACGGCAGGACCCUUGUACAGUGACAACAGUAACAUAAGCAGAUACAGCGAGAAAGAAAAAGGUGAAAUAGAACUGGCUGAAUAUAGAGAAACGGGUGCAUUACAAGACAGCAUUCUACACUGUGUGAGAGAAGAAAGCGUUCAGAAAAAAAAACUGCGCUCUUUAAAACAAAAAUCUCUUGAUAUAGGGAAUGCAGACUCCCUCUUGUUCACAUUAGACGAGCAUCGCAGGAAAUCCUGCAUAGAGCGGUGUGACGUAGAUAAGCCUCCCCCGCCAGCCUCCUGCAUCCUCCAAAGACAAAGCGACCACGGACGUCCCAGACAGAAUUCCGCCACACGGCCUGCCAACGCUGAGAUCCCCGAGAACCCAGCCAUGGAAAGUUUCCAAGAAACUCGAAGACCUGUAAUACCAGAAGUAAGGUUAAACUGCAUGGAGACAUUUGAGGUGAAGGUCGAUUCUCCCGUCAAACCUAUCCUUAAAGAGGACUUAGAUUUGAUAGAUUUGUCCUCAGAUUCCACGUCAGGGCCUGAGAAACACUCUAUAGUCUCGACAUCUGACAGCGACUCUCUUGUAUUUGAGCCUCUGCCCCCUCUCAGGAUAGUCGAGAGUGAUGAAGAAGAGGAGAUGAUGAACCAAGGCAACGAUAGUGCCUCUGGUAACAACGCUGCCUCCUUCCCCUCAAUCCCCAGCCCUCCGUCUGUCCUCAGCCUAAGCACAACUCCCCUGGUGCAAGUAAGCGUGGAGGAUUGUUCCAAAGACUUUUCUUCUAAGGACUCAGGAACUGGUCAGUCAGCAGGUCACAAGGACUCUGCUCCCAUGGCGCUGGAAGACCCCACAGACUCUGAGGAGUCCUCAAAGCCAGAGGAGCUGCCGGAGUCCCCCCGCGGCAGCCCUCUCACCCUUAAGCAGAAACGAGACCUCCUUCACAAGUCCUUUGCUCUCCCCGAGAUGUCAAUGGAUGACAACCCGGACCUUGGCAUUGAGGAAGGGAAGCUUGGUGGGCCGACUCUAAGUUCAGGGGCAAAAACGAUCCUCCUGAAGGUUCCAGAAGAUGCUGAGAAUCCGGCUGAAAGGGAUAAGCCUGACACCAGCGCUGAGUCAGACACAGAACCGAACACUGAAAGGAAGGUGGAAGAGGACGGAGCAGAGGAGUCGGAAUUUAAGAUUCAGAUUGUCCCCCGGCAGAGGAAACAGAGGAAGAUUGCUGUGAGUGCGAUCCAGAGAGAGUACCUCGACAUUUCCUUCAACAUCCUAGACAAGCUCGGGGAACAGAAAGAGCCAGACCCUUCUACUAAAGGACUUUCAACUUUGGAAAUGCCACGAGAAUCCUCGUCUGCCCCUACCUUAGAAGCAGGUGUGCCAGAAACAAGUAGCCAUUCCUCAAUAUCAACUCAGUAUAGGCAGAUGAAAAGGGGAUCCCUGGGAACUCUGACAAUGAGCCAAUUAAUGAAGCGACAGCUGGAACAUCAGUCUAGCGCCCCCCUUAACAUCAGCAACUGGGACACUGAACAGAUACAGCCCGGGAAACGCCAGUGUAAUGUGCCCACAUGCCUCAAUCCUGACCUGGAGGGGCAGCCGCUGAGAACAAGAGGUGCCACCAAGUCCAGCCUGUUGUCAGCACCCAGCAUAGUCAGUAUGUUUGUACCUGCACCCGAGGAAUUCACCGACGAGCAGCCCACGGUGAUGACUGACAAGUGCCACGACUGUGGGGCCAUUCUGGAAGAAUACGAUGAAGAAACCCUUGGGCUGGCCAUUGUGGUUCUCUCCACAUUCAUUCACUUAAGUCCGGACUUGGCGGCCCCGCUGCUGCUGGACAUGAUGCAGUCUGUGGGCAGGUUGGCAUCCAGCACUACUUUUUCUAAUCAAGCAGAAAGCAUGAUGGUUCCAGGCAAUGCAGCUGGGGUGGCCAAGCAGUUCCUGCGCUGUAUCUUCCAUCAGCUGGCUCCCAAUGGCAUCUUCCCACAGCUGUUCCAGAGCACUAUCAAGGAUGGGACCUUUUUACGGACCCUAGCCACGUCUCUGAUGGACUUCAAUGAGCUGAGCUCGAUUGCUGCACUCAGUCAGCUCUUGGAGGGUCUAAAUAACAAAAAGAAUUUGCCAGCAGGGGGUGCUAUGAUACGCUGUUUGGAAAACAUUGCUACCUUCAUGGAAGCUUUGCCCAUGGAUUCUCCCAGCAGCCUCUGGACUACGAUCAGCAACCAGUUUCAGACGUUCUUUGCCAAGCUACCUUGUGUUUUACCUCUGAAGUGUUCUCUUGACUCCAGUUUGAGAAUUAUGAUCUGCCUCUUGAAGAUACCCUCUACGAAUGCCACAAGGAGUCUGCUGGAACCGUUUUCAAAACUGCUCAGCUUUGUGAUUCAGAACGCCGUCUUCACGCUGGCCUACCUGGUGGAGCUGUGCGGCUUGUGCUACCGCGCGUUCACGAAGGAGCGGGAUAAGUUCUACUUGUCUCGUAGUGUCGUCCUAGAACUUCUGCAGGCCCUGAAGCUCAAAUCGCCUUUACCAGAUACAAACCUCCUUCUACUUGUCCAGUUUACCUGUGCAGACGCUGGGACCAGACUAGCCGAGUCAACCAUCCUGAGCAAGCAGAUGAUCUCCUCCAUACCUGGAUGUGGGACGGCGGCGAUGGAGUGCAUGCGGCAGUACAUCAAUGAAGUGCUGGAUUUCAUGGCUGACAUGCACACCCUCACCAAGCUGAAGAGCCACAUGAAGGCCUGUUCCCAGCCUCUGCAUGAAGAUACAUUUGGCGGACAUCUCAAAGUCGGGCUGGCCCAGAUCGCAGCCAUGGAAAUCUCACGGGGCAACCACAGAGAUAAUAAAGCUGUGAUUCGGUACCUGCCUUGGCUCUAUCACCCUCCAUCUGCCAUGCAACAAGGACCUAAAGAAUUCAUCGAGUGUGUCUCCCACAUCCGUCUGCUGUCCUGGCUGCUGCUGGGUUCCCUCACUCAUAAUGCAGUGUGUCCCAAUGCCUCCUCUCCCUGCCUCCCUAUACCUCUGGAUGCAGGUUCCCAUAUUGCAGACCAUCUCAUUGUUAUCCUCAUUGGAUUUCCAGAGCAAUCAAAGACCUCUGUGCUGCACAUGUGUUCCCUCUUCCAUGCGUUCAUCUUUGCUCAGCUCUGGACGGUGUAUUGUGAGCAGAGUGCGGUAGCUACAAAUGUCCAAAAUCAGAAUGAAUUCAGCUUCACAGCGAUUCUGACAGCACUGGAGUUUUGGAGUAGGGUCACACCCAGCAUCCUGCAACUAAUGGCCCAUAACAAAGUGAUGGUAGAAAUGGUGUGUCUCCACGUGAUUAGUUUAAUGGAGGCAUUGCAAGAAUGCAAUUCAACAAUUUUUGUCAAGCUGAUACCUAUGUGGUUGCCAAUGAUUCAGUCAAAUAUCAAGCACUUGUCUGCGGGACUCCAGCUUCGCCUGCAGGCCAUCCAGAACAACGUGAACCACCACAGCCUGAGGACACUGCCGGGCUCCGGGCAGAGCAGCACCAGCCUGGCGGCCCUCCGCAAGUGGCUGCAGUGCACCCAGUUCAAAAUGGCCCAGGUGGAGAUCCAGUCCUCAGAAGCAGCCUCUCAAUUCUAUCCUCUCUGA